AUGAGAUUUGUUUCCAAGGGUGUAAGGAGGAUUUGGAGAACUGAAGAUUAUUUAGUUGUGGCUGGAAUACAUUCAAUAGAUAAUGAUGAGAGAUUUAUAAGAAGGAAUCUACAGAGAGAAACGUGUUGGAGUUACCAUGAAGUGUCGAGGAAAUCAAAUAAUUUUACUGGGAAGUUGCUUAUAGUAUAUGCUCUUUCAGCUCAUACAAAUAACAAUUGCGUACUCAGAGAUAUUGUUGAAGAAGAGGCGAAGUUAAAUCAGGAUGUUAUUAUUUUUCCUGUUUGUGAUGUCAAUCCGACAACAAGCAAAAAAGUGGGAGACGCGGGUAAUUGGGGAUGGGAAGCGGAGCUCACUAUGAGUAGAAAAACGUAUCUGUGGUUCAAAUUGGCAGUUGAGACAUUCAAGUCAACUAAUCCAUAUAUAAUGAAGGCAGAUGAUGACAUUUUUAUGAGGGCGCCAUUGUACCUAAAAUAUCUGGAGGUUCUUCCACGAGGGAAAUUGAAUAUGGGAAGGGCAUUGGGUGAACUUGACGAGUAUAUUGACAAAAUGACAUGGUAUGUUGUUGGGUAUGCGAACACAAUUUCAAGAGAUGUCGUAAAAGAAAUAGUUGGCUUUUUGGAAAUUUCCAAACUGUUAGUCAGAAAGAUCAGCUUUAGAAACUUUGAGAAAUAUAUUGAUUAUGCUGCUUCGAAUGAAGAUAUUAUGGUUGGGGAGGUAUUAAGGCACAAAAUGAAGCUUGAUAGUUUGCUGACAGUGGAUAUACAAGAUUGUCAUUAUGUGAUGCACGUGAAAAGACCAUUACAUAAAUUUGUAAGAGAGAAUCCUAACCUUAUUGUUUUCCACCACAUUGCAGAGGAGGAAUACGCGUGA